AUGUCGAAACAGCGGCAAACUGCUCUUGCAUUAUUAGAUACCUUCAAGGACCUCGAUUAUGAGGCCAACAUUGCCCUUCGCACAGCCGACUGCCAGCAUACCUUCGCCCCAGCAUCGCUGGGAAUAGGAGCAAAGAACAAUGAGCAAUUCGAGAGCCAUAUGAAGUCCGUGCAGCGUGUUAUCGAAGGCAUUCCAGUCACAGCCAAGCAGAUAUACGAGGGGAACAAUCAAAUCACGGUCUGGGCGACCGGCCGAACAAAAUUCAAGGAAGCGGCAAAGGCUAGUGAUCCGGAUCUCGACUGGUCCUAUGAAGGGGAAUAUAUCUUCAUAUUCACCUUCAACGAUGCCGGUGACAGGAUUCAGCACAUCCUCGAAUUCCUCGACAGCAAGAAAGUCGAGGAAGCACGACGGCUGAUCCAGAUUGCUGAGGGUGCCUUGACGGGGAAGAUGGCAAGUCAGUAA